CAGGUGGCGGUGCGCCUGCCCGCCCGCCCUCGGGCCCGACGCGUGCGGGAUCAAAGCGGCCGGGAAGGGGCGGGGAGGGGAGGUGGCAGGAACCCAGAGGUGUUAGCGAGCUUCCCAGGGGAUGGCAGGAGCGUGGGAGCGCAGAGUCCCGGGAGGCGACAGAGACUCGGAGAGACGACGAGAUACCAGAGACCCGAGAGAGCCAGAGGCGGAGAUGCAGACGCCAAGAGACCGGAGAGACGCGGAAUCAGAGAUGCGGAGGAACGAGACCACCGACACCCAGAGAGACCCAGGCGAGAAUUCUACCACUGAACCACCAAUGCGCGACUACUGGGAUGUGCCAGGAGACUAUCUGAGGUCGUAAGAGGUUGAGGCGGACCCGGACAGGCAACUGUGUAGGCCAGGGAACUGGUCCCGAAUAGUCGACGUGGGUGGAGCGCCAGGUCAUCCUUCCUCUCGUCCGGAUCCGGCCACCGGGCCAUAAAGCCGCCCCAUAUGGCCAGGGGCGGCCCCACACCCGGGUGCGAACAGCCUGGGGCCCCCAGCCUCGCGUGCAGGCACUUUGUCCCGAAGCCCCCGAGUGGUCAGGCAUCGUUCUGCGGAGGGUCAUGUUCUUGGUUUGAGGUUAGUGAGGGUACAGUAAGUCUCCGACAAAGCUGCAAUUCUGGAGGAACUCUGAAUUUCAUCCCCAAGCGAGCUCUGCCCCUAAUAACCUCCUGCCUUCAGCUGGGUUCCGCCUCCUUAUACAGCCUUAUGAUGCUGAAGCCGCUUGUGGAGAAGCGGCGCCGGGACCGCAUCAACCGCAGCCUGGAAGAGCUGAGGCUGCUGCUGCUGGAGCGGACCCGGGACCAGACCCCCACUCGCUCUCAGAACGCGAUCUUCUUCGCCACCCCUCGGAACCUCCGGAACCCGAAGCUGGAGAAAGCGGAGAUACUGGAGUUCGCCGUGGGCUACUUGAGGGAGCGAAGCCGGGUGGAGCCCCCGGGGGUUCCCCGGUCCCCAGUCCAGGACGCCGAGGCGCUCGCCAGCUGCUACUUGUCCGGUUUCCGCGAGUGCCUGCUUCGCUUGGCGGCUUUCGCGCACGACGCCAGCCCGGCCGCCCGCGCCCAGCUCUUCUCCGCGCUGCACGGCUACCUGCGCCCCAAACCGCCCCGGCCCAAGCCGGUAGAGCCGAGGCCUCCAGCGCCGCGCCCAUCCCUGGACCCCGCCGCACCGGCCCUUGGCCCCGCGCUGCACCAGCGCCCCCCAGUGCACCAGGGCCCCCCUAGCCCGCGCUGCGCAUGGUCCCCAUCCCUCUGCUCCCCGCGCGCCGGGGAUUCUGGCGCGCCGGCGCCCCUCACCGGACUGCUGCCGCCGCCACCGCCGCCUCACAGACAAGACGGGGCGCCCAAGGCCCCGCCGCCCCCGCCGCCCGCUUUCUGGAGACCUUGGCCCUGAGCCUUGGGGGGUGGUGGGGGCGGGGUCUAGGGGUGGGGUAGAGACUCCAGCCCGAGGGCAGCAGAGGGACCCGGGCGUCCGGGCGAGCAGGUGUUGGGGAGGGCGGCGGGGCGCGCGGGCUCAGCGCGCGGGUGAGAUGUGGUCUAUAUUAGAGUAUCUAUAUAAAUAUAUAUUUCCCUGGUUCCUGUCCCUUUUCCCUGCCCCAACUUCUUCCUUGCGUCUAGGAUUGUACUCUCUCUGCCCCCCAGCCCAGUCCCAGUCCCUUCCCGAGUCCCUAGUGCAUGGAAUAAAGUGGUUAUUAAAUCCCCGUGUGUCCCCGAGCCAGGGGCCUGCCUUUAUCUCGACGUCCACGCCCACCUUCCCUUCCCUUCUGUCUCCCACCCUCAGUCCUGCUCUCCAUGGCCCAAGCCCCGGGGCAGACAGGUAAGUAAAGAAGAGAGCAGAGCGGGAACUGAGAUCGAAAUAGAAACCAGGUGGAAAAAGAGAGAGAGAUAGGGUAGGGGGAGAAAAAAACGGAUAAAAGGAAAAAUUUGAAAUAAAAUCGACUCUGGUGGGAUUCGAACCCACAACCUUU